AUGCCUGUUGAACACGUGAAUGAUUUUAUUGAUAAUUUGGAUUCCAUAACUUUAUAUGUCAAUUCAGUCACAAUGCUUGAUACUAUCAACAUCGUUUCACAGCACUUAAAAGUUUUGAUCACAAACAAAUAUGAAAACAUUGCAAAAACAAGAAAACAUAAAAUUCACGCGGUCUUGCAAAAUCCGUGUUCGCGAUUGAAAGUUUCGCAAAUGUUCCCAAAUAAUUGA